AUGCGGAUAGGUACACCAAAGCAGGCGCGCCUCUGGCUCCGCUUGCGUCAACAGCUCCCUCUUAUCGUCGGCAGCUCGGGGGGGGGCUUCCUCCGCACCCUGCACCGCGGUGCUCUCUCUCCCCGUACUGGCGUGAGCGACUUGCAGGAUCAACUUCGUCGCGUCAGCCUGACAGUGAGCUCUGGGUUGGCGCGCCCGCAAGUCCAACUCCUUUCCUCCACCCAAUCGAUGUUCCAAUCGAAUUCAUUCGCGACUGCGUCUACCCCUCUCAAGGCGAGCAAGACGCCCAAGGCGAAGAGCUCCAAGAAGGCUGGCAGCGAAGCGAAGAAGAAGCCUCUCAGCGAGAAACAACAAGAAAUUCAGGAAAUCAAGAAACGCCGGGCUCACAUCAGAGAGCUCGAGGCGACUGCCCUCCUGAGCGGGCGACCCAAGAGGUUUCCCACUAACGCCUUCGCUAUUGCUAUGUCUGAGCUGCUGCCCCAGACCAAAGGUCACUCCACGCACAAGGAAGCAUUCUUAGCCGCCGUGGAGCGUGCCAAAUCCAUCGGCCCUGAAGAUGGGGAGAGAUUCCAAGCUCAAGCCAAGGCGAACUUUGCCGCUAACACCGCCGCUUACGACUCGUGGGUCAAGUCGCACACACCUCUCCGGAUCAAGGAGGCCAACUCUGCCCGCCUAUCCCUUUCGCGUCUUACCAACAAGAAUUACCCUCCAAUCAAAGAUGACCGCUUGGUCAGGGUAUCUAGAUCUGCCUACAUUUUGUUCUUGAAGGACCGCGUGGAGAGCCCUGAUUACCAGGGAAAGUCUGGCUCGGAGAGCUUCCCAGCUAUUGGCCGCGAAUGGAUUGCACUACCCAAGCGGAGAAAGACCGCUACCGCAAAUUGCAAAUCGAAGAUCGCCAACGGUAUGAGAGAGAGUAUCAAGAUGUGUAUGGAAUCCCAGCACCCGAGAGUUCUCAUUACCAAUCACCGGAAGACUACCUGUGAAGAUGAGCCCGAAACCUGA